AUGAACAACAACACUAUCUCAGUAGACACUACUAUAUGUAUCGAGAAACACUUAUCAGCUAUGAACUUAAGAUGCAUUGAGCGGUUAUACGGUGAUAAUGGGCUUGAUGUCAUGGAUCUUUUGAAGAAGAACAUGCAUAGUGCUUUACCGGUGAUACUGACGCGCUUGAAGCAGAAGCAAGAAGAAUGGGCAAGGUGCCACUCUGAUUUCCAGAAAGUUUGGGCUGAAGUAUAUGCUAAGAAUCACCACAAGUCACUAGAUCAUCGUAGUUUCUAUUUCAAGCAGCAGGACUCUAAGAACUUGAGCACAAAAUGUUUAGUGGCAGAGAUAAAAGAUAUCAGUGAGAAAAAGCAUCAAGAAGAUCUGCUUCAAGCUAUUGCUGUUAGAACUAUGCCCUCUUUUACUCCGGAUUUGGAGUUUGAUUAUUGUGAUACACAAAUUCACGAGGAUUUAUAUCUGCUAAUCAAGUAUUACUGUGAAGAAAUAUGUGCCACUGAACAAUCAGAUAAGGUAAUGAAGCUGUGGAUAACCUUUUUAGAGCCCAUGUUUGGCACUCUUUCGAGGUCUCAAGGUGACCUUGCUAUGGAAGAUGUAUCAAAGUUGAAAACCAACCAAGAAUUGCAUGAUGCAUGCGUGGCAGUGAAGGACAGCUCUUCUGGGUCAAAGGGUAAACAUCCAAUAUCCCCAAAACUGCUGAAAGAUAAUCCAACAAUGCAAGGAAUCUCGCCUGGGAAAGAUGUCUCAGCCAAUAUACUGAAAGGUGCUCAGCAUGAUAAAGUGCAAGAUGACACAGAUAUGUCUUAUGAGGUUAUUCAGUCUACCAAACUUGUGUCAGCCAGAAACGAUCAGAUAAUGGAGGAUGUAUCAGUGGGAAAUCAUGAGGCUGAGCGAGAAGAGGGUGAAUUAUCUCCCACUAACAGUUGUGAGCAAGGCAACUUUGAUGUUAGCGGACAAAAUGGCCUCAAGCCUUUACAAAGGGUGAUGGACAAUGUAACAAGCAAUACAGACCAGCAAAGUUGUGAUAAAAAGGGAGCAUAUUGCACUGAAACGGGAACAAAGGGAAAUACUCACCCUGAAGAUGACGAAAAUUGUCACAAGUUAUCAGAGGAUAAUGAGACCGCCUCUGAAAAGGUUGUUUCAGGAACCAAGUCUGGUUGUCAUGAAAAGCAUAAGGAGCGUAUUAGUGUGGCUGGAGAGGUGGCUAAUGGAAAAGAAGGUGAAGAUGGAUCCUUUGCAUUUACAGAGCGGUUUCUGCAAACUGUAAAACCUGUUGCCAAGCAUGUGUCUUUGCCACUGCAAGCUAGUGAAACUUGCUCUCAGAAUGAUUCUCGAGUUUUUUACGGGAAUGAUUCUUAUUAUGUGCUAUUUAGGCUUCAUCAAAUGUUGUAUGAGAGAAUACAAUCAGCAAAGAAACAUUCAGAAAAGAAGUGGAAGGCUCCGGAUAACACAACUCCUGAUUCUUAUCCCAGGUUCAUAGAUGCACUGUAUAAUUUACUUGACGGCUCUAGUGACAAUACAAAGUUUGAAGAUGAAUGCCGAGCUAUUUUUGGAGCACAGUCAUAUGUUCUUUUCACAUUGGACAAGUUAGUUCAGAAGUUUGUUAAGCAUCUGCAUGCUGUUGCAGCUGAUGAGACAGACACCAAGCUUCGACAACUACAUGCGUAUGAGAACUACAGAAGACUGGGGAGAUUCGUUGAUCUAGUGUAUCAUGAGAAUGCACGUGCCCUCCUCCAUGAGGCAAACAUAUACCGGAUCAGAUAUUCAUCAGCAAAAACACGUCUCUCUAUUCAGCUUAUGAACUGCGGGAAUAACCAGCCUGAAGUAGCUGGUGUAGCCAUGGAGCCGGAUUUUGCAAAUUAUCUACAAAAAAAGUUUCUGACAUCCGUCAAUGAUGAUGAGAAUCAUGGACUGUUUUUGAAAAG